UCGAUUUACAUCGCCCAGGGCACAGCUCCAUUGUAGAUGAAAUUUAUCUUGGAUCUUUCAGAGAAAAACUUGUACUGGAGCUUAUACGUGAUGGAAUUGAAGUUUAAUUUAGUUUGAAUUGUUAACUUGUUUUCGAACUGAAUGAUUAGCGGCUGGCCGCUCCUUUCUUCCUCCUGAUGGCCGUCGCAGACGAGGGGCUUAUUUCCUGCCGCCCUGCUGGACAGUUAACCCGGGCGUUGCUCUGCCUGUCCAAACCCGACACCCUCAGGGUCUUACCGUCUGUCUGCGUUUUCCCUGCUGAAAGCAGCCGGUAAUGCAGAAGAUGGAUCUGAGCUGCUCUCCUGAACCACUGCAGUCUUUCUGGUGAACUCCCACAGAGCUGUUACUGAACGAAUAUUAAGUUCUAUCUCCAGCAAUGAUGAAGGACCAACAACUAUACUUCUAAGACCCAAUGGUGUUGACUUGGAGGGCAACCUUCUGUGCCGGCUCCUCUGCACAGAUGAAGACAUUGAGCUGCUCUUUGUUCUGCCUCUGGCAGCUUCUCAGCCAGUGGUCUGCAGCUCAGGCAAUGAGUCACAGCAUGGUGGCUGCUACAGGUUCUUCAGUUCAAUUCCCUGGAACCGACAAGGAAUUCGAGAUCUUGAACUGGGCGUUUUCAAAUCCUACCAUAGUACUUCCCAUCAUAGAAGUUCGUAGAGGGCCCCCUAUCAUAUUUGAGAAGUACAAGAAUCGAAUUAAAGUUAACACUUCGGAUGGAUCCCUUGUGUUGUACAUUGUAAAGAAAGCAGACAGUGGCCAAUACAAAAUGACAGUGGAUUUAGACCCCAAGAGGACCAGGAUUCUAACUCUUCAAGUCUUCGAUCCUCUCUCCACACCAUCCAUCUCCAGCAACUUCUCUGAGAAUGGCACAGCUGUGCUGAGCUGCACAGUGCAGAGAGGGGUGGCCACUUCCAUUCGAUGGACCAGAGGUGGUGUUGUACUCCCGGUAGACCAACGGCAGUCCCUGUCUGAUGAGAAUGUAACACUCACCAUUUGGAAAACUCAGGAAUCGGACUCCGGAUAUUACACCUGCACUAUGGAAAAUCAAGUCAGUCGCACUAAUAGUACCUACCAGCUGAUCAUCAAGGAUCGUGAAGCCCAUUACAGAGCUCGAUAUGGGUUGUUUCCAGCUGUUCUCCUGGUCUGUACAUCGGUGCUUGUGUUCAAUGUGCGAUUAGUGUAUGGUUGAAGACCCCGCCCCCACUCACUAGGACAAUGGCAGCAGGUCCACUGGAAGACAACCACCUCCCAAUUCCACUCCAGUUCACGUUAUCCUGGUUGGUGCCAUUCCUUCUGCACUGGUGACAAGGUCCAGGAGUUCCCCAUCAAGCUUACACUGUGCAAAGCACUUCUCCCUGGGAGCUGCAGCAUCUCCAAGACAUGAAAGGAAUUUAAACAGCAAUUUCAUUGCACUCAGCAGAAAUUUAUCCCACUUUAAACAAAGGAUCCCAGGACAAGAUGGACUGAAUUCGGAAGGCACAUGGUAAUGUGCAAGAUUUAUGGUGCACAUCAUGGAAGAGAGCGAGCAAGAGCUGAAGACAAAGGAGAAAAUUGGAAUAAACUGGAUUCUUCAGGCUGGAAGACGUAACUGGUGGAAUGUCCCAAAUCAUUUCUUGGCCUUCAAGUAUUUGUUAAUUAGUUGUUUCUUGUCAUAUGUAGAGAUACAGAAAAGGACUCAAUGCCGUCCACGUAUAUCAUUUCAAAACAUUAUACUAAUGGAAGAGGGGGAGGAAUGUAAUGUGCCCAGUUUGACAAUGAUGCAAAAAUAGUUCACUCAUGUUUAUAUAUACACAUCAUAUUUAUACAUACACACUGAGCAAUGCAUUUACAGUUAACUAAGCGAAGCAGACCAUGAUCAGGUAACUUUCCACAGAAAAAAAUCUUUUUGCAGAGAGAUGACUUUUCACAGGAGCUCAAUAAAGACUUGGUAAUUAAUAGAAAUAGGAACUGUGGAAAAUUAAGUAUAAGGUGGACACCAGAAUAGUAUUAAACUCAAAGUCCAGCAUUGGCCAGUACACUUCCCACUCACCCACCCCCCAGCACCCAACAUCCAGCUUGCUAGUCUCUACUACCCCCUAUCCUCCCUGCGACUCCCAACCCUCCCUCCACCCCUCAUGUCCCCUCCAUUCCUAUGAUCCUCAGCCCGCUCCCCUGAACAUCCCAACCCCCCUCUCCCUCCUGAAACCUCCCACUCUUUACCCUCCUCUGACCCUAGCCCCAACCCUUGCCAUGUCUUCACCAUCUCCUCUCUGAGGCAGAGCGUUCUGUGCUCAGAAAGGGCCUCACUUUUGUCCCCCUCCGUCCACACCUCAGUGAGUUCCGUGCCCGGCAUGAUGUUGAACUCUUCUUCCAUCGCUUAUGUCUCCGAGCCUACUACUUUAACAAGGAUUCCCCUCCCCCUAUUGAUGACCCCCUUCUGCUGUCUUCAACCCUCCUCUUCCUCCUGGACACCCCCACUGGGCCUUCUACCUGCACUCGAUCUUUUCAUCUCCAACUGUCGCUGAGACAUCAACCAUCUCAACUUCACCACUCCUCUCUCCUGUUCCAACCACAGUCCCUCUGAACGCACUGUCCUCCACUCUUUCUGCACUAAUCCUAACCUCACCAUCACACCCGCAGACAAAGGUGGUACCGUAGUAGUCUGGUGGCCAGACCUCUACCUCACUGAGGCCAAACAGCAGCUCUCUGAUGCCUCUUCUUACUUACCCCUGGAACAGGACCCAACCAAAAAACAUCAAACCAUUGUCUCCCGUACCAUCAGUGCAUCAAUGCCCUUAUCAACUCCGGAGACCUUCCAUCCUCAGCCAAAAAAACUCAUAAUUCCCACACCCCGCACUGCUCGCAUUUACCUCCUCCCCAAGAUCCAUAAGCCUGGCUGUCCUCGUAGGCCUAUAGUUUUGGCCUGCUCCUGUCCCACCGAACUUGUAUCUGCCUACCUCGACUCCAUUUUGUCACCCAUAGUUCAGUCCCUCCCUACCUACAUCUGGGAUACAUCCCAUGCCCUCCACCUCUUCAAUAACUUCCAGUUCCCCGGUCCCGACUGCUUCAUUUUCACAAUGGAUGUCCAAUCCUUAUACAUUUCAAUUCCCCAUCCAGAAGGCCUCAAAGCCCUCUGCUACUUUCUUGACAAUAGACCUCACCAGUUCCCCAACACCACUACACUCCUCCGGUUGGCGGAACUGGUAAUCACAUUUAAUCACUUCUCUUUCGGCUCUUCCCACUUUCUCCAGAUCAAGGGUGUAGCUAUGGGCACUGGCAUGGGGCCUAGCUAUGCCUGCCUCUUCGUGGGUUAUGUGGAACAGUCUAUGCUCCAAAUCUAUACUGGUACUGCUUCCCAACUUUUCCUUCGCUACAUUGAUGCUGCUUCCUGCAUCCAUGCUGAGCUCGUCAAUUUCAUUGACUUUGCCUGUAACUUCCACCCAGCCCUCAAUUCACUUGGUCCAUAUCGGACACUUCUCUCCCCUUUUUCGAUCUCUCGGUCUCUAUCUCUGGAGAUAGACUGUCCACUGACAUCUUCUAUAAACCCACUGACUCCCAUAAUUACCUUGAUUAUACUUCUUCCCACCCUGCCAAAUGCAAAAAUUCUAUUCCCUAUUCCCAGUUCCUCUGUCUCUGCCGCAUCUGCUCCAAGGAUGAGGCUUUCCAUUCCAGGACAUCCCAAAUGUCCUCUUUCUUUAAGAAUCGUGGUUUCCCUUCAGCCGUCAUCAAUGAUGCCCUCACCCACAUCUCCUCCAUUUCCAGCACUUUAGCCCUCACCCCAUCCUCCCAUCAUCACAACAGGGACCGUGUCCCCCUUGUCCUCACCUAUCACCCCACCAGCCUCCGGAUCCAGCAUAUUAUCCUCCUCAACUUCCGCCACCUUCAACAGGACCCCACCACUAAGGACAUCUUUCCCUCUCUGCUUUUCACAGGGAUCGUUCCCUCCACGACUGCCUGGUCCACAUGUCCCUCCCCACAGAUCUCCCACCUGGCACUUAUCCCUGCAAGCGUAAGUGCUACACCUGUCCCUACAGCUCCUCUUUUACCACCAUUCAGGGCCCCAAACAGUCCUUCCAGGUGAGGCAACACUUCACUUGUGAGUCUGUUGAGGCCAUCUAUCACAUCCGGUGCUCCUGGUGUGGCCUCCUCUACAUCGGCGAGACCCGAAGCAGAUUGGGGGUCCGCUUUGUCGAUCACCUCCACUCAGUCUGCCAUAACGGACAGGAUCUCCCGCUUGCCACCCACUUCAACUCUGCUUCACAUUCCCAUUUGGAUAUGUCCAUACAUGGUCUCCUCUACUGCCAUGAUGAGGCCAAACUCAGGUUGGAGGAGCAACACCUCAUAUACCGUGUGGGUAGUCUCCAGCCCCUUGGUAUGAACACUGAAUUUUCCAACUUCUGGUAACUCCCUCCUUCUCCCUUCCCCCAUCCCACUUUCACGCUGCCUCCUCUUCCAGCUGCCUAUCACCUCUCUCAUGAUUCUGUCUUCUUCUACUACCCAUAGAACUUUCCCCUUACAUUCCUUCUCCACCUUGCCUGCCUAUCCCCUCCCUGCUUCCCUUCCCCCACCCC